AUGUCUGACAAAAUGUCCAGCUUUCUGUACAUCGGGGACAUCGUCUCCCUCUACGCGGAGGGCUCGGUCAACGGCUUCAUCAGCACCUUGGGGCUGGUGGAUGACAGAUGUGUGGUUCAACCAGAUGCUGGUGAUCUGUGUAAUCCUCCUAAGAAAUUCAGAGACUGCCUUUUUAAAGUAUGUCCUAUGAACCGAUAUUCUGCACAGAAGCAAUACUGGAAAGCCAAGCAGGCAAAACAAGGGAACCACACGGAAGCGGCACUGCUGAAGAAACUGCAGCAUGCAGCGGAACUGGAACAAAAGCAGAAUGAAUGUGAGAACAGAAAGCUGCUGGGAGAAAUUGUUAAGUACAGCAAUGUCAUACAGCUGCUUCACAUCAAAAGCAAUAAGUACCUUACAGUCAACAAGAGAUUGCCAGCCCUGUUGGAGAAGAAUGCUAUGCGGGUCUCUCUGGAUGCUGCUGGGAAUGAGGGGUCAUGGUUUUACAUCCAGCCCUUUUGGAAGCUGAGGAGUGAAGGUGACAAUAUUGUUGUUGGAGACAAAGUGGUCCUCAUGCCGGUCAACGCGGGGCAGCCUCUUCAUGCCAGCAACAUUGAACUCCUGGACAACCCAGGAUGCAAAGAGGUGAAUGCUGUCAAUUGUAACACCAGCUGGAAAAUAACCUUAUUUAUGAAAUACAGUUGCUACAGAGAGGAUGUGCUUAAAGGGGGGGAUGUUGUCCGCUUGUUCCAUGCUGAACAGGAGAAGUUUCUUACCUGUGAUGAAUAUCAGAAGAAACAGCACAUCUUUCUUCGGACAACGCUGCGUCAGUCGGCCACUUCUGCAACGAGUUCUAAGGCCCUGUGGGAAAUCGAGGUGGUGCAUCACGAUCCGUGCCGUGGAGGUGCAGGACAGUGGAACAGCCUCUUCAGAUUUAAACAUCUGGCGACUGGAAACUAUUUGGCUGCAGAGUUAAAUCCACAUUAUCCAGAUGGCAGUAAUGAGGCAAGGGUUGUGGUAGACGGCGGACUUCUCACUUCAAAGAAGAAACGGCAGGCAGGGGAGAAAAUUAUGUACACUUUGGUGUCUGUGCCGCACGGAAAUGAUAUUGCCUCUCUUUUUGAGCUGGAUGCGACUACCCUUCAGCGAGCUGACUGCUUAGUUCCCAGGAAUUCAUACGUUCGGCUGAGACACCUUUGUACCAAUACAUGGGUCACCAGCACCAGCAUCCCGAUAGACAAAGACGAAGAAAGGCCUGUGAUGUUAAAAAUUGGAACCUGUCAAACAAAGGAAGACAAGGAAGCUUUUGCUAUUGUGUCUGUUCCUCUGUCUGAGGUGAGAGAUUUGGAUUUUGCCAACGAUGCCAACAAAGUUUUAGCAUCGUCAGUUAAAACGCUGGAGAAUGGCUCAAUAUCUCAAAAUGAACGGAGGUUUGUUACCAAGCUCUUAGAAGAUCUCAUUUUCUUCAUUGCGGAUAUACCCAAUAAUGGUCAGGAGGUUCUGGAUGUGGUAGUCACUAAACCCAACCGGGAAAGGCAAAAGUUAAUGAGAGAACAAAACAUAUUAGCCCAGAUAUUUGGAAUCCUCAAAGCUCCAUUUAAAGAUAAAGCAGGAGAGGGAGCCAUGUUGAGACUGGAAGAUUUGGGCGAUCAAAGAUAUGCACCAUACAAAUACAUACUGAGGCUUUGCUAUAGAGUGCUCCGGCAUUCCCAACAGGACUACAGGAAAAAUCAGGAAUACAUUGCGAAGAACUUCUGCGUCAUGCAGUCUCAGAUUGGAUAUGAUAUCUUGGCAGAAGACACGAUCACAGCUUUGUUGCACAACAACAGGAAACUGCUAGAGAAACACAUCACAGCUAAAGAAAUAGAGACAUUUGUGAAUUUACUCAGGAGGAACAGAGAGCCAAGGUUCUUGGACUAUCUGUCUGACUUGUGUGUUUCCAACACAACGGCCAUCCCAAUAACUCAGGAGCUGAUUUGCAAAUAUAUGCUGAGCCCGGGAAACGCUGACAUUCUCAUUCGGACCAAGUUGGUUUCUAUGCAAGUGGAUGGUCCCUUGGAAUGUUCCACCCUUUCUGAUGAUAUUGAUGAGGAAGAAGUUUGGCUGUACUGGAUUGAUAGCAAUAAGGAACCACAUGGCAAAGCAAUCCGGCAUCUUGCUCAAGAAGCGAAGGAGGGCAACAAGAGUGAUUUAGAAGUCCUCACUUAUUAUAGGUAUCAAUUGAACCUCUUUGCAAGGAUGUGCUUGGACCGCCAGUAUUUGGCAAUCAACCAGAUUUCCACCCAGCUCUCAGUAGAUCUGAUCCUGCACUGCAUGUCAGAUGAGAGCCUGCCUUAUGACCUGCGAGCAUCUUUCUGCCGCCUCAUGUUGCACAUGCAUGUGGAUAGAGAUCCUCAGGAGACAGUUGUGCCUGUGAAAUAUGCCCGGCUGUGGACAGAAAUCCCUACUAAGAUAACCAUCCAUGAAUAUGACUCCUUCACGGAUUCAUCAAGGAAUGAUAUGAAGAGAAAAUUUGCUUUGACAAUGGAAUUUGUAGAAGAGUACUUGAAGGAAGUCGUCAAUCAGCCAUUUCCAUUUGGGGACAAAGAGAAGAACAAGCUAACCUUUGAGGUGGUGCACCUGGCUCGCAAUCUCAUAUACUUUGGUUUUUAUAGUUUCAGUGAGCUACUGAGGCUGACCAGAACACUCCUGGCUAUCCUUGAUAUUGUACAGGGGCCUAUGUCGUCCUACUUUGAAAGAUUAAGCAAAUUUCAGGAUGGAGGAAACAAUGUUAUGAGGACCAUCCAUGGUGUAGGAGAGAUGAUGACGCAAAUGGUCCUGAGCAGAGGCUCCAUCUUCCCAAUUGCUGCACCGGAUGUACCUCCAAGUGUCCACCCAAGCAAACAAAUGGUCACUGUAGAGAGUGAAGAUAUUACUGUGAUGGACACCAAACUAAAAAUCAUCGAGAUUUUACAGUUUAUACUAAGUGUUCGACUUGACUACAGAAUAUCCUACAUGCUGUCUAUUUACAAGAAGGAGUUUGGCGAGAGCAAUGAAAACGUUGAUAGUUCCGUAGCAUCUCCUCCUGAUUCACCAGUUAUCACCUCAGCUGUGGUUCCUGACAUAGAUGAAAUUGCAGCUCAAGCAGAGACUAUGUUUGCUGGCAGAAAAGAAAAGAAUGCAGUACAGCUGGACGAUGAAGGGGGCAGGACAUUUUUGCGUGUCCUCAUACACCUUAUUAUGCAUGACUACCCCCCUUUGCUGUCAGGGGCCCUGCAUCUCUUGUUCAAACAUUUCAGCCAACGAGCAGAAGUUCUGCAAGCAUUUAAACAGGUUCAGUUGCUGGUGUCUAAUCAGGAUGUGGACAACUACAAGCAAAUCAAAGCUGAUCUUGACCAACUGAGGCUGACUGUAGAAAAAUCUGAACUUUGGGUUGAAAAGAACAGCAACUACGAAAGUGGAGAGCUGGGUGAAAGUCAAGUCAAGGGGAGUGAUGAGCCUAUUGAGGAAUCCAGUAUUCUGAGUCCAGUCCAGGAUGGGAGCAAGAAGCCUCAGAUUGACAGCAAUAAAAGUAACAACUACAAUAUCGUUAUGGAGAUUUUGAUUCGCCUAAGUAAACUCUGCGUCCAGAACAAAAAGUGUCGAAAUCAACAGCAGCGACUGCUUAAAAACAUGGGAGCGCACUGUGUGGUAUUGGAUCUUUUACAGAUACCCUACGAGAAGACAGACGAGAAGAUGAACGAAGUGAUGAACUUGGCUCACCUGUUUCUUCAGAACUUCUGUCGUGGAAACCCUCAGAAUCAAGUUCUCCUCCAUAAACAUAUCAACUUAUUCUUAACACCUGGGCUCCUUGAAGCUGAAACCAUGCGGCACAUCUUCACAAACAACUACCAUCUGUGCAAUGAAGUUAGUGAGCGAGCAGUGCAGCAUUUUGUACAUUGCAUUGAGACGCAUGGCCGCCACGUGGAGUAUCUGCGGUUCCUGCAAACCAUUGUAAAAGCAGACGGCAAAUAUGUCAAAAAGUGCCAAGAUAUGGUGAUGACAGAGCUGGUGAACGGGGGUGAAGAUGUGCUGGUGUUUUAUAAUGACAGAGCAUCCUUUCCCGUCCUCCUCCAAAUGAUGUGCUCCGAGAGAGACAGAGUGAAUGAGAGUGGGGCUUUGACUUACCACAUCACCCUGGUGGAGUUGCUAGCAGCGUGUACGGAAGGGAAGAAUGUGUACACUGAGAUCAAAUGCAAUUCCCUUCUGCCGCUGGACGACAUUGUGAGAGUGGUUACUCACGAUGACUGCAUACCUGAGGUCAAGAUUGCCUAUGUGAACUUUGUCAAUCAUUGCUACGUGGACACUGAGGUGGAAAUGAAGGAAAUCUACACUAGCAACCACAUCUGGAAAUUAUUUGAAAACUUCCUUGUCGAUAUGGCAAGGGUUUGUAACACAACCACCGACAGGAAGCAUGCAGACACAUCUCUGGAGAAAUAUGUCACCGAGCCCGUCAUGAACAUCGUGAGUGGCUUUUUCAGUUCUCCAUUUUCAGACAACAGCACAAGCCUCCAGACUCAUCAACCUGUGUUUAUUCAGUUGCUGCAGUCAGCAUUUAGAAUUUACAACUGUACCUGGCCAAACCCGACACAGAAAUCUUCAGUGGAGUCUUGUAUCAAAACUUUGGCUGAAGUUGCAAAGAACCGUGGCAUUGCCAUUCCCGUGGAUCUGGACAGCCAAGUCAAUACGUUGUUCAUGAAGAGCCACACCAACAUGAUCCAGAGAGCAGCGAUGGGCUGGCGAAUGUCUGCUCGCAGUGGUCCUCGUUUCAAAGAAGCCCUGGGAGGUCCUGCCUGGGAUUACAGGAACAUCAUUGAGAAGCUACAGGAUGUGGUAGCUUCCUUGGAACAGCAGUUCAGUCCGAUGAUGCAGGCUGAAUUUUCAGUGUUGGUUGAUGUUUUGCAUAGCCCAGAGCUGCUCUUUCCUGAGGGGAGUGAUGCUCGAAUCAGAUGCGGGGCUUUCAUGUCCAAGUUGAUAAAUCACACAAAAAGGCUAAUGGAGAAGGAAGAAAAACUCUGUAUCAAAAUUCUGCAGACAUUGCGGGAAAUGCUCGACAAGAAGGACAGCUUUGCGGAAGAGGGCAGCAACCUGAGGAAGAUACUGCUAAAUCGCUAUUUUAAAGGUGACCAUGGAAGCAGCAUCAGUGGCCCAGUGUCCAGCAGCUACGGCAAAACAGCACAAGGGGGAGGUAGCUUUUCAGGACAAGAUCCAGAUAAGUCUGGUGUGUCGAUGCAUGAUAUCCAGUGCCUUCUGGAUAAAGAAGGAGCAUCAGAACUUGUCACAGAUGUCAUAGUUAGUACCAAAAAUGAUAGAAUAUUCUCAGAAGCCAUCUUGCUUGGCAUUGCUUUGCUGGAAGGUGGAAACACGCAGAUCCAGUAUUCCUUUUAUCAGCAACUGAAUGAGCAAAAAAAGUCUGAGAAGUUUUUUAAAGUCCUCUAUGAUCGAAUGAAGACAGCCCAGCAGGAAAUCCGAUCAACAGUAUCAGUGAACACUGUAGAUCUGGGGACCAAAAAGAAGGAUGAGGACAAUGAUGUGACAGUCUCGCUUCCAAAAAAGAGAGUGAGAGACUCAAAUCUUCACCUGAAAGAAGGAAUGAAGGGACAAUUAACAGAAGCCUCGACAGCAACCUCCAAAGCUUACUGCAUGUACCGCAGAGAAAUGGACCCUGAAAUAGAUCUGAUGAGUCUGGGAACAGAUGCAGCGAAUGCAGAAGAAAAGUCUUCCGAGGAGAUAACUAUGAGUCCUGCCAUUGUAAUCAUGCAGCCAAUCCUGAGGUUCCUUCAGUUGUUGUGUGAGAAUCACAAUCGGGAACUCCAGAACUUUUUAAGAAAUCAGAACAACAAGACCAACUACAACCUAGUCUGUGAAACCCUUCAGUUUUUGGAUUGUAUCUGUGGCAGUACGACAGGCGGGCUUGGACUUUUGGGUCUGUACAUCAACGAGAAGAACGUUGCUCUGGUCAACCAAACGCUGGAAAGCUUGACUGAAUAUUGCCAAGGCCCGUGCCAUGAAAACCAGAGCUGUAUAGCUACACAUGAAUCUAACGGGAUAGACAUUAUAAUUGCCUUGAUUCUGAAUGACAUCAACCCCCUUGGAAAAUACCGCAUGGAUCUAGUGCUGCAAUUGAAGAACAAUGCCUCCAAGCUUUUGCUAGCUAUCAUGGAAAGCAGGCACGACAGUGAGAAUGCGGAAAGAAUCCUUUUCAACAUGAGACCAAGAGAGCUAGUGGAUGUAAUGAAGAAUGCAUAUAAUCAAGGACUGGAGAGUGACCACGAGGAAGAGAGCGGAGACGAUGGUAUUUCACCAAAAGAUGUUGGACAUAAUAUCUAUAUCUUAGCACAUCAGUUGGCUCGUCACAAUAAAAUGUUGCAGCAGAUGUUGAAGCCUGGGUCUGAUUCAGAAGAAGGAGACGAAGCCUUGAAGUACUAUGCCAAUCACACGGCCCAGAUUGAGAUUGUCCGUCAUGACAGAACUAUGGAACAAAUUGUCUUCCCUGUACCGAACAUCUGUGAAUUCCUUACCCACGAAUCCAAGUAUCGUGUGUUCAGUACUACUGAGAGAGAUGAACAAGGAAGCAAAGUGAAUGACUUUUUCCAGCAGACAGAGGACCUGUAUAAUGAAAUGAAGUGGCAGAAAAAAAUCAGGAACAAUCCAGCACUCUUUUGGUUCUCCCGACACAUUUCCCUCUGGGGAAGUAUUUCUUUCAAUCUGGCAGUUUUUAUCAAUCUAGCCGUAGCACUUUUCUACCCCUUUGGAGAUGAUGGAGAUGAAGGCACUCUUCCCCCCCUGUUUUCCGUUUUCCUCUGGAUAGCAGUGGCUGUCUGUACAUCCCUGCUGUUCUUCUUCCCUAAGCCUGUCGGCAUUCGUCCCUUUCUGGUUUCUGUCAUGCUCCGGUCGAUCUAUACGAUUGGCCUCGGACCAACACUGAUCCUUCUGGGUGCUGCUAAUCUUUGUAACAAGAUAGUUUUCUUGGUGAGCUUUGUUGGGAACCGUGGGACGUUCACUCGUGGCUAUCGAGCGGUCAUCAUGGACAUGGCGUUCCUCUACCACGUGGUCUAUGUGCUCGUCUGCAUGCUGGGCCUUUGUGUGCACGAGUUCUUUUACAGCUUCCUGUUAUUUGACUUGGUAUACAGGGAGGAGACUUUACUGAACGUCAUUAAAAGCGUUACACGGAAUGGACGCUCCAUUAUCCUGACCGCUGUGCUGGCCCUCAUCCUUGUCUACCUCUUCUCCAUUGUCGGGUUCUUGUUCUUGAAAGAUGACUUCAUUAUGGAAGUGGAAAGACUGAAAAACAGAACACCUGUGGCAGACGCUGGCACAGUACCCACCACAACCUUAACAGCAAUGAUGGAAACAUGUGCAAAGGAUAAUUGCACUACUUCAAUACCAGCUAUAAAAUCAGGCGAGGAUGACGAUGAGGAUGGGAUUGAGAGGACCUGUGACACUCUGCUAAUGUGCAUUGUGACAGUAUUGAACCAGGGCCUGAGAAAUGGCGGUGGAGUUGGAGAUGUGUUACGCAAGCCUUCUAAAGAUGAGCCCCUCUUCGCCGCUCGGGUUGUUUAUGAUCUCCUUUUCUAUUUCAUCGUCAUCAUUAUUGUCCUGAAUCUCAUCUUUGGAGUCAUCAUUGAUACAUUUGCAGAUCUGAGGAGCGAAAAGCAGAAGAAAGAGGAAAUCUUAAAAACAACCUGCUUCAUCUGUGGGCUUGAGCGAGACAAAUUUGAUAACAAGACCGUUUCGUUUGAAGAGCACAUCAAGUCAGAACACAACAUGUGGCACUACCUUUACUUUAUAGUUCUCGUCCGAGUGAAAGACCCAACAGAAUACAGUGGUCCUGAAAGUUACGUGGCUCAAAUGAUUGUGGAAAAGAAUUUAGACUGGUUCCCUCGGAUGAGAGCCAUGUCCCUCGUCAGCAAUGAAGGUGACAGCGAGCAAAACGAAAUCCGGAGCCUGCAAGAGAGGCUGGAGUCCACCAUGAACUUGGUCAAGCAGCUGUCGGGACAAUUAGCCGAGCUCAAAGAACAGAUGACAGAACAAAGGAAAAACAAGCAGCGGCUGGGCUUUCUCGGAUCCAACGCACCCCACGUGAACCAUCACAUGCCACCACACUGAUGCCACGGGGAAGCCGUGACCAGCUUUCCAUCAGUAUUCUCGCUCGAUUACAGAACGCAGAGAUGGGGCGUGCUGAACGGCGCCUAUUGUUGGGAAGUUAUAAACAACCAAGUGCCAAGAUGUUAAGUGGUGGAGCUCUGGGAACAAUUUGUCACUAUUUUUCCACGGCUGAAAGGGGCCACGGGCUCAAACGCUGCAGAUAA